UUUUUCAAAACCCCUUUGAUAAACUUUUCUCCACAUUUCCCCAAGUCCCCCUUCUCCAACUUGUUUACUUUAAUUCGCUCUAUAAUUAACAAUCUUGAGUUCAAAGAUUUUCAAAAAAUUUUCUCUACCCUCGAUUCUCCAUAAGUCUCGCCUUGGUUUUCGUUGCGUCUAAAAUUGUUCACCCCAAUUUUCACCUCUCAAGUUUGAUUCUUGUCCGGCUGGAAUCAUCAAUCCCUCUUUUCCCCUCAAUUUUCCCCAAAUUGAAACCCAAUUUUCCCAAUAACAGGAAAAUAGUAUAACUUUUUUGAUAUUUUUUUGUACAGGAUUUUUUUGUUUGGGGAAUUUUGUUGGGGUUUGAGAAAUGAGUUUUCAGGAUCUAGAAUCGGGGAGGGCAAUUGGGUCGCGGCCAAGAGGUUUGGUGAAUGGGAAACAAGACCCGACCCAAGCUGUGGCGUCGGGGAUUUUUCAGAUCAAUACCGCCGUCUCCACUUUUCAACGGCUAGUUAAUACCCUCGGAACUCCUAAAGACACACCUGAGCUCCGUGAGAAGCUGCACAAGACGAGGCUGCACAUAGGGCAAUUGGUUAAGGAUACCUCAGCAAAGCUGAAGCAAGCAAGUGAAACGGAUCACCGUGUUGACGUCAGUGCCAGCAAGAAAAUUACAGAUGCUAAGCUUGCUAAAGAUUUCCAGGCAGUCUUAAAAGAGUUUCAGAAAGCCCAACGGCUUGCAGCUGAGAGGGAAACGGCAUAUACACCUUUUGUUCCUCAAGCAGUCCAGCAAUCUAGCUACACUGCUGGUGAGACAGAUGUGAAUUCAGAUAAGAGUUCAGAACAGCAAGCACUUCUUGUAGAAUCUAGAAGACAAGAGAUCUUAUUGUUGGAUAAUGAGAUUGCCUUCAAUGAGGCGAUAAUAGAGGAAAGAGAGCAGGGUAUACAAGAAAUACAACAACAGAUUGGUGAAGUAAAUGACAUAUUUAAAGAUUUGGCAGUGCUUGUUCAUGAACAGGGAAAUAUGAUUGAUGAUAUUGGUUCCCAUGUUGAGAAUGCUCAUGCUGCAACAGCGCAAGGGAGAUCACAGCUUGCCAAGGCUGCAAAGACACAAAGAUCAAACUCAUCUCUGACCUGCUUGCUUCUGGUCAUUUUUGGGAUUGUGCUUCUCAUUGUUAUUGUAAUAUUUGCUGCCUAGUGAGAAAAGUUUGAAUAUGAUUGGAUGGAGAAUUUACGUCUACUCGACAAUCCUGUGAUCAAGUUUGUUUUGUGAAGAGUGCAGCUGAUUGGAUCGCACCACUCACUGAAAUUGUAUCAAUAGCAAGAUUUAUGACCUCCAUUGCCAUAUUAAGUUUUUAUUUUUUGGGUGGGGAUUGGUGUUGUAUUUUGUAAUUGGCAGGUUUGGGUUCGAGGUUUUCCUUUGCUUGUCAUAUAAUUAAACUCGUCUUGCAAAUAUAAUUGAUUUUUCUGUUGAAUGAUUAUCAAUCUGUUUGUGUGGGAUUUUAUGCUACUCAUUGACUCUACUGGUUUGUU